AUGAUCCCCGCGCCGGGCAGCCUCGUCGCGCUGCGGCAAGCCGCCGCUGCUCACCAGCGUGCCGAAGAGGAGAGGCUGGCCGCCGCCUUGGAGCGGGAGGCGGCGAAGGUCAGGGAGCUGGAGGAGCUGGUCGCGGCUGCCGAAGAGCUGACCGAUGUGGAGCAAGGAUUCGAGCAGCUCCGCAGCGAGAACGCCACGCGCCGCGAACUUCACAGCGCUGCGCUGCUCGCAGUAUGCCGCAAAGCGAUCACACGCGUGCCUCGGCUCGCCGCUGUGAUGACAGCCGAGCAGGCGUUGGCAGAUCCCGAGCGUGUGCUGGCAUGGCUUCUCAGCGCGGCGGGCACGGCGCCUCCGACAGCGCCUGCUGCGGGCUUGAUUCCCCCGACACCGCCCACCCUGCCGGCCACACCGGUCGCGACGGGAGGCGCCCUCGAGCUGGGCUCUGGCGCGUCCCUCUGGCAGCGAGGGCAGCGCUUCGUCUCGACCGAGGCAGCUGAGCAGGCGGAGGAGGGUUCGUGCUCUGGGGCGGCGGCGCCUUCGCGGUGGCCAGGGCUGAUGGACGAGGCGAGGCCCCCGGCCCGCGAGGCCGCCAGCUCCGACGCUCCACCCCCGAAGCGCACGCGCUACACGGAGACGUGCUGGGGCGACGUCGUCUCGGGCGGCGCGCUGGGCUGCGAGGCGCUGCCUCCGCAGGCGUCGACCGCCGCCUUUCGCGAGAGGUUCUGCGGGGGCUGCCGGCAGCGGGGCGUGUUUGUGCCGGCGUCGAGGGUGCGCAUGCCCAUCGGCGCGGGCUCCGACGAGAUCGCCAACCGCCACGGGCGCGGCUUCUGGAACGAGCCGUCCCGAACCUCGCGCUUGCCUGCGCACCGCGUCGUGAACCAGACGUCCGACUGCCCGGGCCCGACGCUCGUGAUCCUCAAGGACGAGCUUCCGGUCCCGCUGCCCGGCCUGGCCGAGGCCGCCGCGCUGUCCACCUCCGGCGGCUGGGUCGCCUUCUCGGUCGGCCGCACGCUCAAGAGCAAGGUGGCUCUGCCGUGGGCCGCUGCGAUUCCUCUCUUGCCGGCCCCGCCGCCCGAGCGCGACACUCCUGAGGCUCGCACCGCAUCAGCCCAGGGGCGUGUCGAGGGGUUUGCGGCGGCGGCGCAGGCGGGCGAGGCGUCUGGGUCUGCGUUGGAGGCCGGCCUCGCGCCCUUCCUCGCGGAGAUCUCGCUCGCUCUCGGCCCGCUCGCCGAGGCCGGCGCGCCGCCGCCGCCGGGGCCCGACGAGAUGACGUGGCACUUCGGGGGCGGCAGCCCCAUCGACGAUCUGCUUCUCUCUGGCUCCGCGACACCGCCGCUGCUGCAGACGCGUCCGGCUCCGGGGGCAAGCGUGCCGCCGCCCUCCAUGCCGCCCUCCAUGCCAAGGAGGUGA